CAAAAUACCUUGACUGCGAAAAUAGCAGAGAAAAGAAAAUUUCCGCUACUUGCUUCAUGAAAGUGUUUUUGAAGCGAGUAAAAGAGGAUCAGGGUAUGGUAUCAAUGAAAUAAUGGCUACAACAGCUUACGAACAUGACGCCGACGGAUGUAAGUUCAUACCCGCUACCCAACGUCCAGACGGAACCUGGCGCAAACCAAGAAGAAUAAAAGAUGGCUACAUCCCUCAAGAGGAAGUUCCUCUUUAUGAGAGCAAAGGCAAACAAUUUGCCAAUCGCCAAAAUACAGGUCUGCCUGUUGGAUUGACUCCAGAGAUUAUUGCAGGGGCACAGAAGCAAAAGAAGAAUCAAGCAGGAACUAUACAGCCUAUACCAGGAAUGCUGAUCAAUGUUGACAAAAAGAAGAAGAAAAAGAAGACUGCUGUCGAAGAAGCAGCAGAUAAAUUGGGCAAGUGUGAAAUAACCGAGCCAGAUUUCAGCAGCCCAUCAUCAUCGUCAAUUAGUAGUAACUCGUCAGCCACCACAGAUCCAGUGAAGCGUCUCAAAAACCUCCGAAAGAAACUCAGAGAUAUUGAAUUACUGGAAGAAAAGGUGAAAAAUGGAACAUUAAAGAAUCUUGACAAGGAUCAAAAGGAAAAAAUGGGCAAAAAGGAUGAUAUAAUCAAAGAGAUACAAAUUCUAGAAAAACAGACUAGCGAAUGAGUGUACUUUAAAAUAACAAUUUCAACUGAGUUUCUGAAUGAAAUCUGUUUUACUGACCCGCAUGUGUUAUCUUUAAGAGGCAGUGCAAUUGCUGUAAUUAUGAACUUUUAUUAUAAAUUAUUUACUAAAAUUGUGUUAUUUUAUUUAUGCAAUGUGAAACAAAAAGAAUUUAGUUAUAUUCUAAGAUAAUGAGAAGACGGUGAAAUUGAAAUACUUUAACAAAAACACAAAUUUGUUGCCUGACUUUUUAUGUUUCCUGUGGGACCCAUACCACUAAGCAAA